CUCACAUGUGCGCUCGUGAUGGUUGAAGAGUCAUGAAUGAACCCAGCUCCAUCCUUAUUUAUGACUUUGUGGAAAACACUGCCCGUAUCUUCAGGAUCAACAAGAGGAAGCACUGUCACUUUUAAACCAAUCAGAGGAGACCAUCAGGGAGAGUUACGGUGAUGAGAGUGAGAGGCGGCUCAUUGUGACGUAUGGAGACAUGGCCUGGCUGAAAUAUCAUGACGGAGACUUUGCACAGUCACAAAGCUACUGUCAGAGAGUCGAGGACAUACUGGUGAAGUAUCCCACUGGUUCAUCAGGAAGUCUCCUUCCAGAGGUGUAUGGAGAACAAGCCUGGACCUACCUCAAGUUGUCAAAAUCUUACUACUUAAAAGCCGUUGACAGUUUUCGUAAAGCACUUGAGAUACAGACUGAUGACACUGAGUGGAAUGCCGGCUACGCCAUCGCCCUCUUUCGCACAGAAGAGUGGGUUUUAGAAAACUUAGAGGAAAAUGAGGAGCCUCCAUCCAUCAAACAGCUUCACUCUGCCCUGGAGCUCAACCCCGAUGAUGCUGUUCUGCAGUCCAUGCUGGCCGUGAAGCUUGGAGCCUAUAAGAAAUACGAAGAGGCUGAGGGUCUGCUGAAGAAAGCACUGAAAACUGAUCCUGAUAACCCUCAUGUCAGCCGCUACGUAGGAAAAUACUUUCGUAAUCAUGGUCUCCUGAUACCACUGAAGAAAUAUGAGAAGAAAGUCUGUGCUAAGAAACUGAAGCAGAUUGCUGAGAGACGUCUGGCAAAGCAUCCAGGUGAUGGCGAGGCUCUCGCUCUGGUGGGUCAGGUGGCCAGAGCUGAGGGCAACAGGAAGGAAGCUGCUGAGUUUUAUGAGAAAGCUCUGAACUGUGACAAGGACAAUGAAGAGUACCUGUCUGCUCUGUGUGAGCUGCGCCUGGAGCUGCAGUGAUCAUCCUCUGAUUAAUCACAAUCACUGCACUCCUGUUGCAUCAUACUUCAGCCCGCUGAAUGUGGACUUGAUCCAUGUGCUUCAAGGUCUGCACAAGUCUAACAAAUGGAGCCUUUCAUUCCCACCUUUCUGAUAGGUAUUAAAUUAUAAACAACGAAGCAUUACACACAUCAGGGCCACUUUUAUUGGAUGUUUCAGGCAUGUGCGGUGCUGGGUGGAGCUCUGUCACCAGCACCCGAAAAAACUGAGUUUAAAAAUGGUUUUUAGUGAAUUCCAUUAAUUAAAGUCACGCUUAUGCUGAAGACUAAUUCUGACUAGUGCUGGGCCAUAUCAUUCUGCUCAUGGUAAUACAGGUAUAAUGUUAGGCAACGAUAAGAAAAUGAAAUAUCGCGAUAGAAUAUGGGUAAAACGCGCAUGGGCAGUGCCUUUGUUUUCAUUCGCACAUGGCGGAAAAAGCGCGGCGCCAACGGAGAAUGAGAGGGAUGAAGCGGAUCAUUGAAUGAAACAGAUGAACCAGAAUUGGUCUGUAAACAUGCUGCAACUUCAGUGAUGUGGAAAUAGUUUGGCUUUUGUCCAUCAGAUACCCAACAAAGCAUAACAUGCAAGCAGGCUUUCGUUACCGUUAUUACCGUGUUUUUUUGGAAAAUAAGGCACUCUUAAAAUCCUUUGAUUUUCUGAAAAAUCGACAGUGCCCCUUAUAAUCUGGUGUGCCUUAUGUAUGAAUUCUGGUUGUGCUCAGACUGGUUUUAUGUAGUUAAAAUCAGUCAGCUCAAAAAUCCUUCGGUGCGACUUUGGUAAGCUAUAAAGCCACACCGCUUGAUGGAUUGUUGUAGCAUUACGGCUGGAGCCUCGCGUAGUAAUACAUACUGUGCUUCAACAUAAUGUUACCGUAUCAUGUGAAUAUAACCUUUUUUUAAGUUCUGUGGAUAUUAUACAUGGUUACGCUCAGGACAUGUCUGCCCACUUCCACUGGAAAUUCCUUUUGGUUAAACUGUUAGCCAGGAAUUUGCAGUUUUAAAAUUAUAUAUAGCUUUAACGCACAUAAAGAACUGCUGCUUGUUUAAGUGUUGUUGUUGUUUUUGCACUAGUAAAGUCGUGGAGUUGUGAAGUAAAGUAUUUUGUCUCACAUAAAUUAUAUUGUCAUAUAUAUCAGCUGUCCCCAACCUUUUUCGCGCCACGGACCGGUUCAUGCCCGGCAAAAGGUGUCGCGGAUAAAUACAACAAAAUAAAACUAGUACCGGUACCGAAAAAAAGAAGAUUUAUUCAUAACACACGUGAAAAGACCCAGGAAAACCGAGUUAACGAUAAAAACGAUAACAAAAUAACGUUGAAAACCGAUAAAAACCCUGAAAACCAUACAUUUCACACCUGAGCCUCAACUCUCGGACCAGUACCAAAUGACUCAUGGAUCGGUACCGGUUCGAGGCCCGGGGGUUGGGGACCGGUGAUAUAUAUUGUGAUAAAUAUUGUUGGCCAUAUUGCCCUGACCUUAAUUAAAAUCAUUACAAAGAAAACCAUUUCUGAAAAAAUGAAUCUAACAGGGUUCAAACUUGAGUAAGCGGAUCAAAUGGAUUUAUUACUUUUAUAUGUAGAGUAACAUAAAUUCUCAGAUUAGUUUUCAGGUUCACGGAAAUGUUGUUUGAUUAUAUUUUCUGUGUUUUUAAAGUGUCUGUAAUGUUUGUUAUAUGGAAGGACGUAGAUUUGGUUUUGGCAUUGGUGGGGAUGGAUGAUUCAACCACCGGACCCUGCCCUGUCCCCCCCCCUUUUUGUCUUUGCUUCUUGAUUAAAAAAAGGAGAAAUAUACUUGCCUACAUAUGCUA